GGUAGUUUAUUUGAUUUUCCUCUGUAUGACCAUCCAUUUCACAAUGUCAAUGGUCAUUUACAAAAUGAGGUUUUCCUUUUUCCUCCAGUUAUAACCCCUUAUUUUUGAGCUGGUCUGAAUAACAUGGCUACUGUGUCUUCUCCAGGUAUCUCUCUGGAUAGGAAUAAAUAUAGUAGAAUCCUUUGAAAAUGGAUAUUUUCACAUAUUUUCCUUCAGAUACAAAAGCUGGCAGUUACUGAAAUAAGGACUUGAAGUUCCUUCCACUUUUUUUAUGUCUUAAGAGCAGGAAAUAAAGAGACAGCUGAAGGUGUAGACUUGACCAACUGAAAGAGAAAUCUUCAUCCUCUGACAAAAGAUACAUGGUUCUCAAAAAACGCAUCUGGAAAAUAAUUGAAGAAGAGAUUCUGUAGAUUCUCCCAGCGCUGUUGGGCUCUCAAUUCCUUCUGUGAAGGACAGCAUAUGGUGAUGGGGAAAUCAGAAGCUUUGAGACCCUCUACACCUGGAUAUGAAUCCCCCUUCUAAUACUUACCAGAAAUGAAGGGGAUACUCAGGGCAGAGUUCUGAAUCUCAAAACACUCUACUCUGCCAACGGAAUGAAGUUAUUGGAGUGAUGACAGGAACACGGGAGAACAAUGCUCUAUUUGGGCUGGAUAUUUCUUUGGCUUGUUGCAGGAGAGCGAAUUAAAGGAUUUAAUAUUUCAGGUUGUUCCACAAAAAAACUCCUUUGGACAUAUUCUACAAGGAGUGAAGAGGAAUUUGUCUUAUUUUGUGAUUUACCAGAGCCACAGAAAUCACAUUUCUGCCACAGAAAUCGACUCUCACCAAAACAAGUCCCUGAGCACCUGCCCUUCAUGGGUAGUAAGGACCUAUCUGAUGUCCGAUGGUACCGACAACCUUCAAAUGGAGAUCCAUUAGAGGACAUUAGGAAAAGCUAUCCUCACAUCAUUCAGGAUAAAUGUACCCUUCGCUUUUUGACCCCAGGGGUGAAUAAUUCUGGGUCGUAUAUUUGUAGACCCAAGAUGAUUAAGAGCCCCUAUGAUGUAGCCUGUUGUGUCAAGAUGAUUUUAGAAGUUAAGCCCCAGACAAAUGCAUCCAGUGAGAAUUCCACAUCACAUAAGCAAGACCUACUUCUUGGGAGCACUGGCUCUAUUUCUUGCCCCAGUCUCAGCUGCCAAAGUGAUGCACAAAGUCCAGAGGUAACUUGGUACAAGAAUGGAAAACUCCUCUCUGUGGAAAGGAGCAACCGAAUCGUAGUAGAUGAAGUUUAUGACUAUCACCAGGGCACAUACGUAUGUGAUUACACUCAGUCGGAUACUGUGAGUUCGUGGACAGUCAGAGCUGUUGUUCAAGUGAGAACCAUUGUGGGAGACACUAAACUCAAACCAGAUAUUCUGGAUCCUGUCAAGGGCACACUGGAAGUAGAACUUGGAAAGCCUUUAACUAUUAGCUGCAAAGCACGAUUUGGCUUUGAAAGGGUCUUUAACCCUGUCAUAAAAUGGUACAUCAAAGAUUCUGACCUAGAGUGGGAAGUCUCAGUACCUGAGGCGAAAAGUAUUAAAUCCACUUUAAAGGAUGAAAUCAUUGAGCGGAAUAUCAUCUUGGAAAAAGUCACUCAGCGUGAUCUUCACAGGAAGUUUGUUUGCUUUGUCCAGAACUCCAUUGGAAACACAACCCAGUCUGUCCAACUGAAAGAAAAGAGAGGAGUGGUGCUCCUGUACAUCCUGCUUGGCACCAUCGGGACCCUGGUGUCCGUGCUGGCGGCGAGUGCCCUCCUCUACAGGUACUGGAUUGAAAUAGUGCUGCUGUACCGGACCUACCAGAGCAAGGACGAGACGCUUGGGGAUAAAAAGGAUUUUGAUGCUUUCGUAUCCUAUGCAAAAUGGAGCUCUUUUCCAAGUGAGGCCACUUCAUCUCUGAGUGAAGAACACUUGGCCCUGAGCCUAUUUCCUGAUGUUUUAGAAAACAAAUAUGGAUAUACCUUGUGUUUGCUUGAAAGAGAUGUGGCUCCAGGAGGAGUGUAUGCAGAAGACAUUGUGAGCAUUAUUAAGAGAAGCAGAAGAGGAAUAUUUAUCUUGAGCCCCAACUAUGUCAAUGGACCCAGUAUCUUUGAACUACAAGCAGCAGUGAAUCUUGCCUUGGGUGAUCAAACACUGAAACUCAUUUUAAUUAAGUUCUGUUACUUCCAAGAGCCAGAGUCUCUACCUCAUCUUGUGAAAAAAGCUCUCAGGGUUUUGCCCACAGUUACUUGGAGAGGCUUAAAAUCAGUUCCUCCCAAUUCUAGGUUCUGGACCAAAAUGCGCUACCACAUGCCUAUGAAAAACUCUCAGGGAUUCACUUGGAACCAGCUCAGAAUUACCUCUAGGAUUUUUCAGUGGAAAGGACUCAGUAGAACAGAAACCACUGGGAGGAGCUCCCAGCCUAAGGAAUGGUGAAAUGAGCCCUGGAGCCCCCUCCAGUCCAGUCCCUGGGAUAGAGAUGUUGCUGGACAGAACUCACAGCUCUGUGUGUGUGUGUGUUCAGGCUGAUAGGAAAUUCAAAGAGUCUCCUGCCAGCACCGAGCAAGCUUGAUGGACAAUGGAAUGGGAUUGAGACUGCGGUUUAGAGCCUUUGAUUUCCUGGACUGGACAGAUGGCGAGUGAAUUCUCUAGACCUUGGGUACUUUCAGUACACAACAUCCCUAAGAUUUCCCAGUGGUCCGAGCAGAAGCAGAAAAUACAGCUACUUCUGCCUUAUGGCUAGGGACUGUCAUGUCUACCAUAUAUUGUACAUAUGACUUUAUGUAUACUUGCAAUCAAAUAAAUAUUAUUUUAUUAGAAA